AUGAGCGGCAGCUCGAACCAGUCCACUCGAACGAGUCCAGGCUCUUACGGCACGACACAGCGCACAGAGUCCGUGUCUUCUGGUUCAUCGCCACCACAGCAUCCGCUUCCGUCCUCCUCCUUCCAGGUGCCCGCGACGACUCAGCAUGCGAUGUCGACCGACGUGUAUAGCCCAACUGUCUCGCAAGCGCCCUCAUCUCUAGCUCCUACCUUCACCUACCCGUUCUCGCCACUCGGCCCGUCCUCCUCCUUCGACGGCGCAAUGCGCCUCGGCGAAUCGGACCGCAGCCUCCAGGGCCUGAACGGCCUGGGCCGCUCCAACGGCGGUGCGAUUUUGAUGCGCAAGCUGCCUCGCAACACCAGUCGCGAAGCCCUGCGCAGUAUGCUCCUCUUUGCCAAGGACUUUGUCGAUGCCGACUUUGUGACCUCCGACCACCCGGAAGAUGACGGCUUCCUGAGCGCGAUCGCCCGCUUUAAUACCCUGCCUGCCGCAGAGGAGGCCCGCUCCCUCCUGGAUGGCAAGCCAAAUUCAAAGAAUGACGCGAACAUGGUGGUUGAAAUGUACCCAGGUCCGGUGGGCUCCAACUUGUCGAAUACGCGUCGCAACACGAUCGAUCAUACCAACUCCCGCGGAUUGCUGGGUGGUGUGCCGUCGAACGGCCCCUUAUCGCGUCAGUCCUCUCGUUUCAACGGCACUUUCCAGAGCCUUGAGCGGCUGUCGGCUGGCAACCCCACACAAGCCAUCGGGGAUGGUCUGCCCCCGGCGUCGGAAUCUGGCUCGCGCCUUCACAGUCUCUUCUCCCCCCAAUCGCCCAUCGGUAACGGGGUCGGUGAUCUUCCCCGCGUGACGGGCAAGUCCAUGAUCGAUGAAGAUCCCGAUGAGGAGACGGGAGAGCUGCUGAAGGACCCCGUGGGGUACGCAGAAAAUGGCCAUUCGGUGUCCGUCCCGCGUCGCUCCACUAACCCUCAGAUUCCGACCGGUCGUUUUGCCAACCUCUCCUUGUCCACCACGAUGUCCUCUCCGCCUUUGCCAAAUUACGCAUCCAACGGUCCUGGGCAGCGCAUGGGAAGUGCCAGUGGAUCCUCAUCCGCUUAUCCCAGCAACGUGAACCACGCCCACGGCUUCCCCUAUAGCGGCAGCCAGCACACUCCCCGCCAUAGCCUCCCAGCUGCGAACCCGAACGACUUGAACCCGCCGUGCAACACCCUUUACGUGGGCAAUCUGCCACCAGACACGUCGGAGGAGGAGCUUAAGGCACUCUUCUCCAAGCAGCGCGGCUAUAAGCGACUCUGUUUCCGCAACAAGCAGAACGGCCCCAUGUGUUUCGUGGAGUUUGACGAGGUGGCCAUGGCGAGCAAGGCAUUGAAUGAGCUGUAUGGUUAUAAGCUGUCCAACAGUGUCAAGACCGGUAUCCGUCUCAGCUUUUCUAAGAACCCUCUGGGUGUGCGCUCCGGUCAACCAGGCAGCAUGAACCCUGGAAACCCGCUCUCAGGAGGUCCGGGUGGUGUCUCUGGAGGCAGCAGCCUCGGUGGCAUCCACAGCCAUAUGUUCUCCUCGGUCAGUGGACCGCCUCCAGGACUGGCUGCUCCUCCGGGACUCGCCAUGCCCAUGCCCAUGCGCAAUGGCAACCCCAUCCACAGCGCGCACACUAAUGGUAACCCGCACGCCAUGGUGGGCAACGGCUCCUUCAAUAAUCACAACUCGGGCCUGGGGAUCCGCGCCAAUGGAGCCAAUGCCAUGAUGAUGUCGCCGCCGCCACCGCCACCUCCUGGAAAUGCUGCUGGCAACAACGCGGGGCCGAACAUGAACGGCUUCAAUCCCUUCUACCCCGACUACAUGAUGGGCCGCUGA